AUGUUUUCGCGCUCCAUCUGCAUCAAAGUUGUUUUUAAAGGGUUCAUCGAUUUUGAGGCGGCGCGGUCUCGUCACGAACACAUUCAACGGGCGGCCGUCGUGCAUCCCAUUGGUUCUUGUCGAUCAAUCGAUGACCUGCCAUAUUCGAGAAAAUCCAAUCAACUCAGGAGAUUAACGGCGGUGUCGGUUUGUGGCCGCCAUUCCAUGUUAUCGAGUGGUAAGAUGGAUCUCGGCAGGCCAGAUCGAUCCCAUUGUGAUGAUUAUAUGUUUGGUACCAUACCGGAUGAUGAAGAAAACUCCGACGACGGCGGUGCUGACGAGAUUGAUGCUAUCAAUGAUGAGACUUUUGGAGAUGAUGUUCACGUGCCCCUUGACAGCGAGUUAGAAGACUACGCGGCUCAGACGGCCUGUCUUCGACUUGACGAUGCAGGUCCAUGGGAUACUCCUGGUUGUUCCAAAGCACCUGCACCAGAUGCUUCUAACGUUCCACUCCCAGACUUUGACGUGUUUCGAACGUCUUCCUUUUCGAGCUUCGGUAGCGAAACAAUGGCAAAGUUGGAUUCAUUAUGGAGUCAAAGAUCACACAAUUUGUAUGAUCUUUGGGAGGAACAGAAGAACAACCCUCGUAACACGAACUCUAAUCAUUCGGCUUUUGUUCAAUUAGAAGAUUUGGAGCGAGGACAUCUGCAACGAUUGUCGAGCGUUGGCAAACCUUCAACUCCGAAUGCCAUGCCACCUGUCGCUGUGAAUGCUGCCGAUCUUGAACGACGGUUUAUCGAGGAAUCUGCAGGAAUACCACCACCAGCAAAUCAAAUGAUGUCACCCCGUACUCCUUCUCAAUUUCCUCCUCCUUUACCAUCACCAUUACCAUCACCACACGCUCAAAUCCCUCCCAGAAUGGCACCGAAUGCGCCUCCUGGUUUCGCCGCCGGUGUUCCGCCAAUGCACAUCCCACCCCUUUUACCACCUCUUCAUCCAGUGAUGAUUCCAUUCGUGCCAUUCUGGCUUGAACAUCUCGCUGGUCGUGCGCCAUGUCUGCCACCAGGAUGUCCACCAGUUCCUCCUCUGUUACGAAUGUUUUUCGAUACGGUGAAGGAUCCAAUGGUGGUUAUGGAUAUGAUAAGAGCAUCGAACGCAGGAAUGGUGCCUCCUCCGUUUCCAGUGCCACCACAAAGCUUUGACAGGCGCUCUCAGUGGCAGCGAAAAGCACCUGGAAUGCCGUCUGGUCGCACAAUAGAGGACCUCGCGUUUGACCAAUUCGCCGGCUACAUGUCUUGUAAGGAGAGGGAGUGGCUUGUUAAAAUACAAAUACUGCAGUGUCAAGGAACUGGUAAUCCCUACGAAGACGACUAUUACUAUACAACUUGGCGCGAAAAGCAGAUUGCCAAAGGGUGGAAACCGCGAGUCGAAGUCAUCCCUCAGGGUCCAUCAUGUGACAAAAUCAAGGAUAAUGAGAGAAGGCUAAGACGCUUGAAUGGCUCACGAAGUGUUAUUGACGUGUCGAGAGAACCAAAAGAAUUGGUGCCACUGAAUGUUAAAUUUGCCGGUUCUCUUGGCUUGCCAUCCAAAUCUUCCACUAGUAACCCAAGACAUUUGAUCAGUGUAGAACAUAAUGUGGACAAUGCCGACGAAGAUGCCUCACAACGUGCAGGAAAACAAAGGAAGUUACGAACGCUGCUACUUCGUCUCGAAUCCGCUCUAGCUUUACUUAUCGAAUGCCAAGACCUACGUGUUCGAAUGCGGAAUUGCACACAAAGCAGUGAGUCGGCUCUAUCCGAAAUCUCGCGUCGCAUCGAUGUCAUAUUCCAAGAUCUCAUGACAGAAGAUCUUGUCAAGAUACUGCAGAUAGGAAAAGGACGCUCCGUAGUUGCUCGAGCGCUUACUGUUGGAACAGCCAGAGAUGUUGCUCGCAUUGUUUUGUCGUUGUUUUCAGUUAUGGGUUUGUGCUCGAAGAAAUGUAUAGAGGAUAUAAACUGCGAGGUAGUUCCAAGUAUGUUUGCUGGACUAAUGGAGUUGAGCAGAGAGCAACUGAUGGCCUUGUCGUCAGCGGUGAACAUUGAUUCUGUUAAGGAAAACAUUGUUAACAAAAAUACUUUUUGUCGGGAUGCUUUCAUCACCCUCUUGUAUGCUUGUGCUAAACGAAAGGCUAUUGCACAAAGUAUUGUACGGUGGUUAACCGGUCCACCCGAUGAAAUUGACUUCAUAAAUGGCUGGUCUUCUUCAUUGUCCGUAUGGCGGGAACAGUUACCUGGGUUGCUGGAUUCAGAUGUGCAAACGUUUGCUGAAUGGUUGCUUUUUCUUUGUGACAAUACCCACUAUAAUUCACUUGCCAAGUUACUUGCUAAAGCAUUGCUUUCGUGUAGAUAA